AUGACUCCAGAAUCAUCGUCAUUACCAGCCGCUACAGCUGAGCAGCCCGGACAGGCAAAGUCAGCCUAUGUGCCCCCUUAUGUCCGCACCUCUCCAUUACCAUCGGACGACCUCGCUAGCGAUCAGCCAGACUAUCUCCGUCUCAUCCUCACGGCCCGAUGCUACGAGAUCCUCAAGCAAUCCCCCCUUACCCAUGCCGUCAACCUCUCGAACCGCACCCAGAACAACAUCUACCUUAAGCGCGAAGAUAUGCAGGACGUUUUCUCCUUCAAGAUCCGCGGCGCCUACAAUAACAUGGCCCACCUCUCCGAGGAAGAGAAGCGUCGUGGUGUGAUUGCAUGCUCUGCAGGAAACCAUGCCCAGGGCGUAGCGUUGGCCGCCAAGAUGAUGGGUGUCAAGGCCACAAUCGUCAUGCCAACGCCCACCCCAGAGAUCAAGUCCAGGAACGUGUCACGGUUAGGGUCAACGGUGAUCUUGCAUGGCAAGAACUUUGAUGAGGCCAAGGCGGAAUGCGAGCGAUUGACACAACUGCAGAAUUACACAAACAUCCCGCCGUUCGAUGAUCCCUAUGUGAUUGCAGGACAGGGAACCAUUGGCGCCGAGAUCCUGAGGCAGCACAAUUUGGACGAGAUCGAUGCCAUCUUUUGCUGUGUCGGUGGUGGAGGAUUGAUUGCAGGAGUUGCCGCCUAUGUGAAGAGGGUGGCACCCCAUAUCAAGAUUGUCGGAUGUGAGACCGUGGAUGCAAAUGCGAUGACACAGAGUCUGAGAGCCGGAAAGCGUGUAGCCUUAACGGAUGUGGGGCUGUUUGCGGAUGGAGCGGCAGUCAAGGUCGUAGGAGAGGAGCCAUUUAGACUGUGCCAGAGCUUUGUGGACGAGAUGAUCGAGGUCACUAAUGACGAGAUCUGUGCCGCCAUCAAGGACAUUUUCGAGGACACACGCUCCAUUGUCGAGCCCGCUGGCGCAUUAGCCGUUGCAGGGUGCAAAAAGUAUCUUCGUGAACACAACUUGACCAACAAGACCUGCGUAGCCGUCGCUUCAGGCGCCAACAUGAAUUUUGAGCGACUCCGUUUCGUAGCUGAGCGUGCCUUGCUGGGUGAGCAGAAGGAGGCCUUGCUUUCGGUCGUCAUCCCCGAACAACCAGGUGCCUUCUUGAAGCUGUACAAGCGCAUUCACCCACUGAUGGUCACAGAAUUCUCGUAUCGAUAUGCACCCAAUCGUAAGGCGCAGAUUUACAUGUCGUUCUUGUGUCAGGAUCGCCGCAAGGAGGUACCCCAGAUCAUGGAGAACAUCAGCAAGGAAGAUAUGCAGGCCUGGGAUAUUAGUGAGGAUGAGAUGGCCAAGAGCCAUGCGCGAUAUAUGAUCGGAGGACGCUCUGCAGCUGCAAACGAGAGGAUGUUCCGGUUCGAGUUCCCAGAGAGACCGGGCGCAUUAUUGGAGUUCUUGGAGGGCCUUCGCGCUGGCUGGAACGUGUCUUUAUUCCAUUACCGAAACCAUGGCUCAGAUAUGGGAAAGGUAUUGGCAGGAUUGCAGGUACCAAAGGAGGACAACGAAGAGUUUGCAAAGUACUUGGCCCAGCUGAACUAUCACUGGGUCGAAGAAACCGACAACCCUCUGUAUAAGCAGUUCUUCUGCUAA